AUGCCUUUUUUUCAAUCACAAAGGCUGCAGAAACGGAGACGCAAGACCGGGGCCUACUAUACCCCAACGAUCCUGGGCCUCGAGGACCUGCUGAACGGAUACCUGGCGGAACACAUCGACACCUCCUACUCCCCGGACCUAUCCAACACUCAGGCUCACACGCCAGCUAUAGGACGCCGGUCACAAAAGCCACAAGGUACGGCCGCGGGCAGGGAUAUCGGGACUAUGCUUCAAAAGCCCGCCCAGCCCAAACCCACACCCGCGGCAGCAACGCCGGAGGUAAACCUGACAUCUACCACACCCCGACAACGGCCAGAAACACCAGGGUUCCCUCAGGCACCCAAAACAGGUCAGCAGGGGUCUGAACCCUCAGGGCAGCACCAAUCACCACAGCUGGAUAGGACACACACCCAGGCACAACAAGGCCCAUAUUUACAGGGACCCCCAUGGGCAGCACAGCAUUAA